AUUCUUCUUUUGGUAAGAAGAUGGCUUUUCCAAAGGAGAUCCUUACGUUCUUUUUAUCUCUGAUGGCACCAGUUGUACUUUAUACAGCAAACAACAUUUCUGCCUUGCAAAAGCCGCUGGUUAUACUGGGAGUCGAAGUAGCUAGCCUUGCUGCAGUUUUCUUCAUUGCAUACCUGUUUGUCCGAAAAGAAAAAUCUGUGGACUCCCUGUUUUAUGUGUUCCUUGUGUUUUCUUUCACCUCCAUCGUUGACCUUAUGUGCGCUCUUGAGCUGGAGGGGUACAUCAAAGGCUUCAUGGAUUUCUACAUUAACAAGGGUGAACCAUAUCUGAACACAGCGCAUUGCAUCAUGAAGAACUACUGGAACGGAGGGGUGCACUUUGUUUUGCUCCUCGCCAUCAUCCAUCGCAUGCGUAAAGGGAAGUCAUAUCGGAGUUUGGCUUUUCUUUGGGCCGGCUCCAUGCUAGCCACUCAGAUCGUCUUCAUUCCGAGCAUCGUCAUAGGUAAACAUGCUAAGAACAUCUAUCCAGCAUUUUGGCUCAACCUCUUUUUCCUGAUGCUGUCGAUUUGGACAGCAGUGAAGCUUUUCAGUAGGCCAAGAGAGCUGCCAAUCAUUCCAGCAGACAAGGUUGAAGCAGAACAGAAGAAAAGGCUUUUGUUUCGUCCCGUAGACCUCCUGCUCUCCAUCGCUGUACUCGGAGCCAUGGCCUUCACUGUGUUCAGAGGAUUUGUUGUUCUCGAGUGCACCCUGGAUGUGUGUUUCACCUACAUUUACCAGUAUGAACCCUACAUGAAGGACAGCGUGGCCUUUCCUAAGGUCAUGAUGCUGGUGUUCCUCUUCUAUGCUUUGCCCCUGCUAACCCUGUUAGUCUAUGGACUGACUGUUCCAGGAUGCACUUGGAUGCUGGACUGGACCUUGUUCAUGGCAGGAGCUAUAGCGCAGUUGCAGUGGACGUACAUCGGUGCAUCCGUGCACUCUCGGACACCCUUCACGUAUCGCAUCCCUAAAGAGGAGUGGAGGCUCGUGAUGACCCUGAACCUUGUGUAUCUGGCCGUUCCUGUCCUGCUGGCCGUGCGCUGCUACAUAGACCCUGCCUUCUUCAUGAAGCCGGUGCCUCCAGGACAAGCAGACAACGACAAAAAGAACAAAUAAUUAAAAAAAAGACAGAAUCUCAAGUAAAGCGCACGCCUUAUGAUCCUCAACACAUAGGUGAGACAGGACCUGAGACUCCUGAUUGUGUCUGGAAUCUGGAGCACCCUUCACUUCUUCUCCUCUCCUGAACGACCCUUGUCUCGAUGCCGUGUGAAUUCGAAUCAGAUCCACUCUUCCGGAGCUUAUCUCUGCUCGAAGAAUGAGUCAUUCCAUGCAAUGCAGGCGCAGCUUUGCAACUCUGGACUCUGACACACACGUUUCUGCCAACACAACACAACACAACAC